CGUCACAUUUGGAGAUGCAUGACGGUAAACAUAGAAGCCAGGCUCGUGUGGGUCAUACAUGCAGCGAAUUCUUUUGGGCGAAAGUAUAAAACUGUUGGAACUUUUACCGACCGGAGACAGUUUCGGUUGACAGUUUAUUCGCGACAGUUCGAUGUUUGGAGACGGGAGUCAUAUUUCCAGCAAUGUAAUUUAAAAGUGGAGAUAAAAUGUACGUUUGGAGAGUUUUGGUGGAUGUGGUAAUAGUUUUGUACUAUGCUGUGAACUACACGCAGUCCUGGGAGUUUCAUGAAUUGCCGCACUUGAUGAACGAACGUGAAUUGAGCUAUUAUUUUGGCAGUGAUCAUCGUAAGGAGCUUCCGACAUUUGAAUUAUUCUCGCCUAAAAGUGAGCCACAAGCCAAAGCAAGUGAAGUACAAAACAUAGUGUUGAAGGUUCCUUUUCAAAGUGAUGAGUUCAGACUGAAUUUGAGAACACGGACAAACUUAGUAACGACCAAAACCAGAUUUGUCACGCGGAGUGGCAAUGGAAGCUCGGAAGAAUAUCUGCAUCGGUCAACGAAUGAUUGCCACUACUUGCAUGUGGAUCACGAUUCAUCUGCAGCUGUUUCAAGCUGUGAUUUUCAAAAUUUUCAUGGCAUCGUCUUUCUCCCGAACCAAACUUUGGAAAUUCAACCAUUGAACAGUCGCCUGCGCAGUCUUAUUCCCCUGUUCUCCCAAAUAAUAGUGGAAUCUCAAAAUCUCCACCUAGUCAAAAAGACUUCGCUUAAAGAUGUCAUCUUUGCAGAUGAUUUAAUAAAUCGUAAGAAUUUGCUUGCGAUUGCAAACCGAUCAGAUAUUCACCUCCUCGGAGACACUCUGAACGAGAAAAACUACACGCUCGAUGAUCUGGAAGAGUUGGAAGAUCUCAACGGACCGUCUGGCUUCAGCGGAACAUCUCGUCUGCGCAAGUUAACUAUCGAGUUGGGGUUGUUCUUUGACGAAGCCGCCUACAGGAUAUUCGCGCCUCAUUUUGACAACGAUGAUCUCAAACUGAAAGACUUCAUUCUGGCGUAUGUAAAUGCCAUACAAGCUCUCUAUCACCAUCCCUCGCUGGGAACUCCCGUGGACAUUACGGUGGUUUAUUUGGAAGUAAUGAAACGGCAACCGGACGACAUGCCGCACUACAGGGGAGAACGGGAAUCUCUGCUGGAUUCGUUCUGCUUGUAUCAGAAUAAAUUGAAUAAAGGCGACGAUAGCGAUGCCAAUCACUGGGAUUUGGCACUUUACGUUUCCGGUCUGGAUUUUUAUGCAAUCGAGAAUGGACGGAGAAAUGGCGUGACAAUGGGUCUGGCUACGGUCGGAGGUAUCUGCUUAGGAAAGUAUUCGUGUGUAAUUGCAGAGUUUGGUACGACAAGCGUCUUUGGGAAACCAUACCCUUCCGCAGGGUUCACUUCGGUAUAUGUGGCGGCGCAUGAAAUUGGCCAUAGUUUAGGCAUGCAUCAUGAUUCAGCGGGGAACAUUUGUGCCAAGGAUGGAUACGUGAUGUCUCCGUCGAGGGGAACGCAGGGUGAAACGACAUGGUCUAGUUGCAGUGCAGCAGCAAUCCGUGAGUUGACAUGGGCUGAUUGCUUAUUUGAUGCACCUCUGAAGACUAAAAAAGAACUGGAUGCCUGGAAGUACCAAGGAUAUCCAGGGCAAGUUUUUACCUCCAAAAAGCAGUGUGAGGUUUUGCUGGUCGACAACGAUGCCAUUGCCGUUCCGACAUCUGGGCUGGAGCGAAUUUGCCAAAAUCUUCAAUGUCGAACUCCCCAUCGCACUGGAUUCUAUUUCGCCGGACCUGCCCUGGAAGGCACCGACUGUGGUGAAAGUAAGUGGUGUAUUGGAGGAAGUUGUGUGAAGCAGAAGAAAAAGCCCAUUUCCGUUGUCCGGGGAGGUUGGAGCGAAUGGACGGUUGGAGAUUGCAACUCUGGCUGCUUGGCGCAAUCGAGAGGAUUCCAACAGCGUACCAGAAGAUGCAACAAUCCGAAACCGGUCAAUACGGAUGAAGGAUGUGAUGGAAGUGCUUACGAUGUGAUGGUUUGUGACGAUGAAGAGCUUUGCUCGAAUAAACGACAACCCAUCGAUAUUUACGCGAGUAUUAAAUGUAGAGAAUUCAGUAAGCUGCUGAAGAGACUGGAUCCUGCAGGACCUGGUAUCCAAGGACCGCACGAUGGACAUCGUCUUUGGAUGAGCUGUGCCAUUUACUGUAAGCGAGCAGAUAGCGAUGCAUACUACGCUCCACGCUUUGAUUUGAAUGAUCUUGGUGUAGAUUCGUACUUCCCAGAUGGAACUAAGUGCUAUUCUGAAGGAUCAACUAAUUAUUACUGCCAACAGCAUCAUUGUCUUCCUGAAAAUUUCAAGACAUCCAAAAUCUCAAUCUGGGCCUUAACCGAAGACAUCCCCAUUCCGGGCAACGCCCUGCCAAUCAGGACACAUUUCCUGGACAACGAAUUAUCUAAUUACCUAUCUAUAGAUCGCAAUCGUAGACCAUUACUGAAUCAUUGGAACUAUCGCCCCACGCAUCACGAAGACGACGGAGAAUGGCCAGAUCAUGAUUAUCUGGAACUUCCGGAAGAGGUCAAAAAGGCUGCUCACCGGUAUUGAUUCACCUUAUUAGCGUAACUCACGUUUCAUUCGUCCAUGGCAACAUCGCUCACCAUUUAUCGCGUGAUGAAAAUGUGCAAAUAUCACUUAGAUAAAUACAAUUAUCCAACAGCAAGGCACUUGGCUGUUUUUUUUUGUAUCAAAA